UUUGUAAAUAUUAAGUUUGCUGUUGCUAUGCGACCGCCAAUAAUACGUUCAUUGUUUACGUUUGAAUUUCAAUUACGUUAUAAUCGAUUGCAUUGUUUGUUAUAAAUAUCACAUAAAUGUCUCGUUUUUCGCCAUUAGUUUAAUCCACGCACUGGUAUGUCCGAAGCCGACCGCCAGCGGCCACUAUCGGUCGGAGAGAUCCAAUCACCAAAAAGUUCACAACUGAUAACAUGUGAAUCAUCGGCGACAUCGAAGUCACCGAACAAAGAUGUCAUCUAUUUUAUUGAAACAAAAACAUUUAAAUCAAGUUCACAGUCGUCUGGACCUACUAUUGGUCGACAACCGCAGUCCAUGCAAUCGGCAUUUACGGCGAUGAAGGCCCACAAGUUUGACGCCAAUUGGAUAAAAGUGGAAGAAGUGAUGUUCAUGAAAGAGUUGCGCUCCCGUCUGAUCGACUCAUUGUUUAUAUUUGACACUUUUGACGGAAAAGCGUAUGAAUAUCUUCGGUCAAUCGAUGCCCGUAUUUGCGGACCGCUGACAAUACUCUACUGUUACAGCAAUGAGUGUCCGCAACGCUUUAAAACAAUACCCGAAAAACCCCAUCCCGUGUUCAGUCAAUGUAUGCGCAAACUAUUUGUUUCGUUGUCCGGCUUUGAUGGCCAACGCAAAAAGGAUUUGGUCAACAAAGUGGAGCGCAUGUGUGCUAACUAUUGUAAAGAUUUUACCAAACGAGUCACUCAUUUGGUUACAGACUCUGUCCGAUCCCGCAAGUAUCGGGUGGCCAAACAGUGUGGCGCUAUUGUUGUGUCCAGCCAUUGGGUGGACGACUGUUGGAAUAUAUAUCAACACAAGUUUUCUAAUGCCGCCGAAAAAGACAUUACUGACAAAUAUAGUCUCAAAAUGUUUAAUAAACUAAUGAUAACUGUUUCGCAGGUUGACGUCAAUGAGCGCAACAAAGUUAUGGAAAUUGUCCGACAAAACGGCGGUGUUUAUAGUCCGUCACUUAAACUCAAUGCACAAAACUGUAUAUUAUUGUUAAAGGAGGCGUCGGGAGAGAAGUUCAAAUAUGCGCAGAUGAAAGGCAUUCCCUGUCUGAGCAUCAAUUGGUUAUAUGACUCCAUCGACAAAGGAUACACUUUAGAUGAACAAGACUUUCUAAUUAAAAGCGAAGAACCAUCAAAUAAAACAAUAACAAAUAGACAAAACAAUAGCAAAGAAGCAAAUAGUAUCCCAUCUGACAAAACAAGCAUAUCGUCGUCAGAAUUCAUACAACCGGAAAAUAAUAUACAGAAAACUUCAUCAAAUGUAUCACAAGACACAACCUGUGACAGUGUUAUUAAGACAUUGGAAUCAUUGAUUAAGAGCCUUAACAAUGAGUCGUUUCUCGAAGGAUGUGAUGUCUAUGUAAUUGGAUUUAAGAAACCGGUGUUUGAUAUAAUCAAGAAAGCGUUGUCAUCGAGCGGUUCAAUGGUCUUCAAUGAGUUUAAAGAAAUUAUUACACAUGUUAUCGUUGGCACCAAUGUUAUUGAUAGUGAAGUGAAUAAACUGUCAGACAAAAAAUCUUGUAAAUUAGUGACAAUUGAUUGGCUACUCGAAUGUCUUCGGCAACGAGAGUGUGUUGAUUGUUCGCAAUUUGAGAUUAAACGAAAUAAACGAAGUCUAGACAAUGAUAGCAGCAGUGGUAGUACCAGUACUGUCAGCAUCAGUAGAUCGUUCAGAAUGACCGACUCCAACAGUAAACGUCAAAAAACUAAACACUUUUUUGACGGCCCGUUGACUGUUAUAUCUCCCCAAAAAUUGGGUAAACCUAUUAUCAGCGGUAGAUCACUCAAUAUAAAAGCAAACCAUUGUUCAUUAGGCGAAGACAUGAAUGAUCACUCAUCGGGUGUCCAGUGGGCCGACGAUUCGGAAGAUUACUAGUUUUUUAAUUAUAACACUUUGUAUAUACAUAUAUAGUAUUUAAACAUAUAUUUAGAUUAAUUUAUUAUAAUUAAUACAUUUU